AGCGAUGAUCUGAAGCCAUUCUAGAGGCGACGCGCAGGAGACCGCAGGUGGAGCGCCGAAGCGCCUAUUUGUGCAUAAUGUCUGCAAAGGGGCAAGUGGGUUACACCUAUGAAUUCCAGGAUGUUUCGCACCCAGCACAAUUCUUAGACUCCAUGUGGGAGUGUUACACAGAAGGGCUCUUUACAGACGUUACACUGCAGUGCAACACUGGUCAGCUGUUCCACUGCCACAGAGCAGCGCUAGCUGCGCGUAGCCCCUUUUUCAAAGUGAUGUUUACAACAGACAUGCGUGAGAAGACUGAUGGCUUGGUGCGACUGCCGGGCAUAGAUAGCGAAGUCCUCAGCAUGCUCAUAGAGUUUAUGUACACCUCCACGGUGAUGAUAACCCAGGGGAAUGUGGAGAAGCUCCUAGAGGCUGCGGACAUGCUGCAGGUCAGACCGAUUAAGACUGCAUGUGAGGAGUUCCUGGUGCGUCUUCUGGAUGUAGACAACUGUCUGGGCAUGCAAGCAUUUGCUGAGCACCACGCAUGCUCAAGUUUAGAACGAGAGGCACAGAGGAUGGUGCUCUUCCAGUUUGAGGAGCUCAUCAGCCAGGAGGAGUUCUUGGAGGUCAGCCUUGAGCGCCUUCGCUCCCUUCUCUCCACCAAGAACCUCAACGUGAGGAAGCAGGAGGUUCUGGUGGAUGCCCUGAUCAAAUGGGUCAGCCAUGGAGCCCUGACUCGUCUGGGCCUUACCCGGGCCUUGCUGCACUGCAUAAACAUGGACCUGGAUGAAAAGAACUUCUUCAGGAACAUCCUAAAGUCCCAAAGGAACUGCUCAGACCUUAGUGGGACAGAGCGGAUCAGUUCUGCUCUCAUGUCCUCCCUUCUGCCUGGUUUCACCAUCACACGUCUCAGCUGCAAGAAGCCCACCAUCAGCAUGUACAUAAUAGGAGGCUACCACUGGCAUCCGCUCUCUGAGGUCCACAUUUGGGACCCACUGUCAAACACAUGGGCCCAGGGCACAGAUAUGCCCGACCACACCCGAGAGAGCUACAGCAUCACCCAGCUGGGGCCCAGCAUCUAUGUCACGGGGGGCUAUCGGACAGACAAAGUCGAGGCCCUGAACACCGUGUGGGUGUACAAUAGCGACCAUGAUGAGUGGGCUCCCGGAUGCCCUAUGUUGGGGGAGCGCUACUACCACUGCUCCGUGGCCAUGCAUGGGUGUGUGUAUGCCAUCGGGGGCUACAGACGAGGAGCUCCUACUGCUGAGACGGAAUUCUAUGACCCACUCAAGAAGAAGUGGUUCCCAGUGGCAAAUAUGAUCCAAGGUGUGGGGAAUGCCACAGCAUGUGUUUUACAUGAUACCAUUUAUGUAACUGGUGGCCAUUAUGGCUACAAAGGAAGCUGCACAUAUGAGAAGAUUCAGAUGUACAGGGCAGAUCUGAAUGAAUGGAGCAUCGUCACCACCUGUCCCCACCCAGAGUACGGUCUCUGCUCAGUCUCGCUGAACAACAGGCUUUAUGUGGUAGGAGGCCAGACCACUGUGACAGACUGCUACGACCCAAAAACAGACAAGUGGAUCAAACUCUCAGACAUGAAAGAGAGGAGGAUGGAGUGUGGUGCCGUAGCCAUGAAUGGCUGCAUUUAUGUGACUGGUGGUUACUCAUACACCAAAGGCACAUACCUGCACAGCAUGGAGCGGUUCGACCCAGAACAGGCCACCUGGGAGAUUGUGGGUACACUGCCCAGUGCAGCAAGAUCACAUGGAUGUGUUUUUGUUUACAAUCUGUAGCAUGGAGUUGAUGCAUAAUCCUGGAGUAUAAGUAUAUAUACUCUUUUGAUCCUGUGAGGGAAAUUUAGUCUCUGCAUUUAUCCCAAUCCGUGAAUUAGUGAAACACACUCAGCACACAGUAAAUACACAGUGAGGUG